AUGACUGUGAUUGGUGGGCAGCUGAUGCAUAUAGGAGGCAGCUCGUCCAUCUGGCUGACGGUGUCGUUCACGGUGGAGCGUUACAUCGCGGUGUGCCACCCGCUGCGCGGCAAGGUGCUGUGCACGGAGGCGCGCGCCCGCAGAGUCACGCUGCUCGUCGUCGUCGCCUGCCUGCUGGCCACCGCCACCACGCCCUACGAGUGGCGCAUCACGCAGGAACCAGAAGAUGGGCUCAUGGACAUGGUGUCGUCGGAUUUCGGCAAGCACCCCACGUACCACUCGGUGUUCUACUGGUUCUCGUCCGUCAUGUUCGUGCUGCUGCCCGUGGUGCUGCUCGCCAUCUUCAACUCGUUCCUCGUCAUGGCCGUGCACCGCAGCCGCCGCCAGCGCAACCGGAUGACGCAGGUGGACCAGUGCGACAGCAACCAGCGCCAGGAGAACCGCAUCACGGUGACGCUGAUCGCGGUGGUGGUGCUGUUCAUGGUGUGCCAGACGCCGACGGCCGCGAUGCUGCUGUACACGGUGUUCCGCGGCGGGCAGCCGGGCGAGACGGAGAACAACGUGCGCCUGGCGCUGGGCAACAUCUUCAACUUCAUGGCGGCCGUGCACUCGGCGUGCAACUUCCUGCUGUACUGCGCGCUCUCGGACAAGUACCGGCGCACGUUCGUGCUGACGUUCGUGCCCUCCUUCUCGCGGGGCGUGUCCAUGCACGAGGCGCUCAACGGCCACCACCCGCACGCCCACGGCCCGCUCAAGUGGCAGCCGUCUGUGCAGUCGGAAGCUACUCUCUGA